AUGUAUUCCAUUCAAGUGAACACUUCCCCGUCGGUCUUUAAGCGACUGAGGUCCAUCAACAGUCUUUUCAUGAUAUGCGGUGCUUCGCAUGAACUCUAUACAGUACAGUACGGUAAAGAGAGGAAAGUAUCAAGCCAGCUAUCAACAGUCGAUCCCGUCUUGGUCUCAGCGAUAGAAAAAUUGGCCGAGGAGGACGAGGACGAGGACGAGGACGAGGACGACGGCGCAAGCAUGGACGAUUACAUGUUCAAGGCAAAUGUAGACCGGUGUAAAAAUGUCGUGGAGGCGACGACCUACCUGGAGAUCUUCUCGUACUCGGAUCCGAAACUCAACAGCGUAGAGGAACAUCCGUUGACACCAGAUGAAUUCGAAAACUAUCUUCAUCGCAGGGGCGCAUUUACCCCCCCGAAGCUGCCACCUGGGGUGGUUCAGUUGGCGGGUAUGCGAUUGGUUCUACAGCAGAACGCCCAACACCCCGAAACCUUCACACCACACGUCAUCAGUCUGAAGCGCGAAGUCUAUAAAUCCAUGGUCGAGACGCUGAAAUUGCCGUACCGAGCGAUCGAAAGCACCAGUGCCGUUGGUCCGUUCUUCUGGGCCUCGUGGGAUCAGGACGAGGAGAAUCCCCAUCUCCAAAUCAUCUACCGCAAGAGCGACGUGCGCAAGAAAGGGUACACUCGUGGCUGGGAGCUCAUGCUCUCACACGACGUAAACAACGGUAUCACAACUGGCUUCUGCAAAGGUACCCCUAGCUCUGACAUUGUGGAAUGCAUAAAACACCUGAAAGAAUGCGUGCUCCAAGUCGGACAUCCCAUGCUCCUCCCCAUCAUCAUAUUCUCGCACGAUGUAUCGUCCAAGACCGACAUCAAGCAGCGGGAUGCGAGGGACUGGCUUCGGAGAUUGGAACAUGCUGUGAGCAUGCGAAGCGAGAUCGAGGAGCGGGAGGGCUACGUGAACGAAGGGGUUGUGGAUCUAGACGCUGUCAAUAGGGAUUUAGUAGAGUGCCAUAGCCAGGUCCUGUGGAAGCGACCUAAGGCAUACCUGGAGAUCCUCGGCGGAAUCGAAGUCGCAAUGGCUAAAUUCUACGAGGCGCUACCGGAGCCCAGGAAGGAGAAAUCCAUGAAAGGACUCCAAGCCAGCAUGCUCGCCCGCAUGGAUUUCUACAGAGUCAAGCUGCAGGGUAUCGACAGCUACGCGCAUACGACUUUGCAACGGCUAGAGAUCCAGAGGAGUGCUCUCUACAACAUAAUCGCCCAGAAGGAAUCCAAACUCAACUUCAAAAUGGCCGGCGAGCAGCGCAAGCUCGCGCACUCCUCCAAGCGCGACUCCGCCGCCAUGAAGACCAUCUCCCUGCUCGGCGCCGUCUUCCUGCCCGGCGCCUACCUCGCCUCCGUCUUCAGCAUGACCUUCUUCGACUUCCAGACCGACGCCAACCGCGGCAAGAUGGUCGCCGACCAGUUCUGGAUCUACUGGGCCGUGACGGUGCCCCUGACCGCCAUCAUCGUCGGCUUCUGGUACGUGUGGGAGAAGAAGAGGGAGGCGAGGUAUGAUCGCGAGGAUCUGGAUCUGGAGAAGGGCAGUGAGGAUAUGGAGAGGACCAUCAUGGCCAUGAUGCGGAAACGGACGAUGAGUAAAGCUAGCACGUGGGAUACGGGGAAUAAGAAGCGUGAGUGA